UUUCCACAGUGACAGCAGUUUGCUCCGCGACCACAGGCUGGUCCGAGAUCCGCCAGCUGACGCAGCAGCAACAGCAGCAGUUUGCAGGGGGAGACCGACCCUCGAGCCCCCGGUGAUCACCACCAGCAGCACCAGCAGCACCAUCGCCCUUAUUAUCGUUUCUGUCGACGAUGGAGAAGUUAAAGCGACCCAGCUCCUGACGUCCACCCUGUGGCCGAUGAAGGUUCGCGGCGGCGAGGCUGACUGACAUGGACGCGAGUGACAACAAGGAUGGAUUCCUAUAGAUCACCUAAGGAAAACUGAGGGAUCCACCCACAGUCAGUAGCAGUGGAAAACAAUAGCUGUCUGUCUGACAUCCACUGGCCGCACUGUUCCUCUAUUCAUGCAUCCCGACCACUGUUUCAGAAGAUGUGAAGCUUUCAGCCGAAGUGGAACCAUUCAUCCCACAGAAGAAAGGUCUUGAAGGAACCCUGGUCAGCAUGAGUCUUUCUGGAGAGGCCGGUGGUGGAGGAGGGAGCGGAGGUAUCGGUGGAGGAGGAGGAGGAAGUAGUGGAGGGGUGGAAACCACUCCCAUACCAAGCUACCUCAUCACCUGCUACCCUUUUGUCCAGGAGAACCAAGCCAACAGGCAACAUCCGAUGUAUAAUGGAGGGGAGCUGCGCUGGCAGCAGCCUAACCCUUCCCCUGGUGGACCGUACCUGGCCUACCCCAUCUUGUCCUCCCCCCAGCCUCCUGUAUCCAACGAGUAUGCUUACUAUCAGAUUAUGCAGGCUCCCUGCCCACCUGUCAUGGGCUUCUAUCAGCCCUUCCCUGGCACCUACACGGGUCCUGUGCAAACUGGAGUAAUCAACCCAGUCUCAGCAGAUGUCGGGGAAAGGCCACUAACUCUGGGACCAGCAUAUGGGAUGGCCAGCCAGAGGGGGAGAGGCAUGGUCAGAUCUAGCAUUCUCCCAAAGCAACAGUUGGGUGUGUGCCAGGCUGCAAGAGGUCGUCGGCCUCCAACGAGGAAUGUAGCCGUGCAGAAGGAGGUGUGCACCUUGGGGCCCGAUGGUAGAACCAAGAUCGUCAUGCUGGUUGAUGCAGCACAGCAGACCGGUAAAAAUACUGUGGCAACAAAUUUCCCAGGUGAGGUGUCAGGGCGAUGUGCUGCUGAGCGAGCCAGUCCUCUGCUUUGGAAGAACCGAACAAAGAGAAGACGGGCGUCCCAUCCAGCUGAAAACUUCAACGAGCAGGGCACCUGUGAGGCAGAUAUAGACAGUGACAGCGGAUACUGUAGCCCUAAACACAACCAGGCCGCAGGGGUAACACAACGACCAGCAGAGCAUGCAGCAGCACCUUCGGGAGUAGAGGCUGGUGUUAUGACAUCAGAUACCUGGGUGAAUGUAGCCUCACAGGCGACGCCAAAGUCCUGGGGGGACAGGAACGGCCAGUUUCACAGAGCGGAGCAGAGGAAGAAUCCUGAACAGAGAAACUUCUCACAGGAUUUCCACAGUGGUUAUCCAGGGCGUUUGCCACCCAACCAGUCAGAACAAAGACUGCAGCCAGCAGCGGCCACUGGCACUGAGCUCACUCCAGAGCCCCUCUACUUUGAGGAUGAAGAUGAGUUUCCAGAUCUUCCUUCUGGAGGAGCUGUCAGACGUAGCACCAAACCCGAAGCGGCCCCAGCCCAGAUACACACGCAACCCAAACUGCCCAAAAACCUGCUGGAUAACCUACCAGAAAACUCUCCGAUCAACAUUGUGCAAACACCAAUCCCCAUCACCACGUCUGUUCCCAAGAGGGCCAAGAGCCAGAGGAAGAAGGCUCUGGCUGCUGCCCUGGCCACUGCACAGGAGUACUCUGAAAUCAGCAUGGAACAGAAGAAAUUACAGGAGGCAUUCACCAAAGCAGCCGGGAAGAAGAGUAAAACCUCUGUUGAGCUGGACCUGGGAGACAUGCUGGCAGCUUUGGAGAAACAUCAGCAGGCUGUGAAGGCCAAACAAAUCACCAACACUAAACCCCUGUCUUUUACAGUUGGAACAACCACUCCAUUCCACAGCUCAGGCUUGAUCAACGUGCCAUCCAUGUUGAAGGGUCAUCAGCAGCCGUACUCUGCCCCACAUAAUGCCCUGGAUUCCACUGCACCCCGCAUCAAGAGGGGGAAGGAGAGGGAGAUUCCCAAAGUCAAACGACCAACAGCCCUGAAGAAGAUCAUCUUAAAGGAGCGUGAAGGGAAGAAAGGGAAGACUAGUGUGGAACAAGAGUCCUCAGGCCAGGAGGAACAUGGAGAUGAGUGUAUACGUUUUACUGAUGAUCUUACACAAGAGCCUGCCUCCCAAGAAGAGAAUGGUCUGAGUGUGCCCAGUGAUGCGUCCCUUUCCCCAGCCAGCCAGAACUCUCCGUACAGCAUCACUCCGGUGUCCCAGGGUUCUCCUGCCAGCUCUGGGAUCGGGAGUCCCAUGGCUUCCAACGCGAUCACCAAGAUCCACAGCCGACGUUUCAGAGAGUACUGUAACCAGGUUCUGAGUAAGGAGAUCGACGAGAGCGUGACGAUGCUGUUACAGGAGCUGGUUCGCUUCCAGGAGCGAAUCUACCAGAACGAUCCCACCAAGGCCAAGUCCAAACGCCGCCUGGUCAUGGGUCUCAGAGAGGUCACCAAGCACAUGAAGCUGCAGAAGAUUAAAUGUGUCAUCAUCUCUCCAAACUGUGAAAAGAUCCAGGCCAAAGGUGGUUUGGACGAAGCCUUGUACAAUGUGAUUGCCAUGGCUCGGGAGCAGGAGAUCCCAUUUGUUUUUGCCCUGGGCAGAAAAGCUCUCGGUCGCUGUGUCAACAAACUUGUGCCUGUCAGUGUGGUCGGCAUUUUCAACUAUUCGGGAGCCGAGGUAACUCACUGCCAGCCAAUAAAAGGUCUCUUCAACCGUUUGGUGUCUCUGACAGAAGAAGCCAGGAAAGCCUAUAAGGACAUGGUGUCCGCUCUGGAGCAAGAGCAGGCCGAGGAGGCGCUGAAAAACGACAAGAAAGUCCCUCACCACAUGGGGCACUCCCGUAACCACUCUGCUGCUUCUGCAAUCUCCUUCUGCUCCAUCUUCUCCGAGCCCAUCUCAGAAGUCAAUGAGAAGGAGUAUGAGACCAACUGGAGGAGUAUUGUGGAGACUGCAGAUGCUCCGGAGCCUGAUGAGGCUGAGCAGAGUCGCCCUGCACCUCCCACAGUCGCCCAGAAGGAGAGUGAGCCGCUGGCAGCCCCCACCAUCACAGCUCCGUUGGCCUCCACCGCUCCCCAGUCCAGGGCAGGGCCUAUGACGCAGGGUAGCGGUGAGAAGGAUGAGGUGCGGGUGGAUGAUCGGCUGGAGCUGGCCUCACAGCAGAGCACAGAAACGGGCUCGUUGGAUGGAAGCUGCAGGGGUCCGCUGAACUCCUCCAUCACCUCCACCACAUCCACCCUCGUCCCCGGGAUGCUGGAAGAGGCAGAGGAAGAGGAAGAGGAGGAAGAGGACUACACCCCUGAACCUAUUUCUGUGGAGGUGCCCACCCUCAGCAGCCGCAUCGAAUCCUGGGUGUCAAAGACCCUGGAAAACCUGCAGCUGGGAAAGAGCCAGGAAAGCACAGAGGACGAGGAGGAGGAAGAUGAGGAGGAGGAGGAGGAGGAGGAGGAGAGAGGGCAGAGUGAGGAUGAGGAGGACCUCGACUCAGCAGACAUCACAGAGACGACGUCGGAGGAGGACCAAGAGCAAGUGGAGGCUAAGAAAGUCACUGGCUGAAACCACUUAUCCUCCUCCUCCUCUUCCUCCCUCUUUUCUUACAUACAGUCAUCCACUCUGUCCUCUGGCUCUCACCCAUCCCUCUUCACAGCAACCAGCAGCUUCUCUCCUUUGUCUCUAACCCCUGACACUAGACAUAAUCUCAGGUAUCCAACCAACUGACCAACACUCACACGCAUUUAACGUGUCCGAGGAACCGACCGACCAACCUACAGACACACAGGCUCGCAGACCAGCCAACAGCCAACACAUUAUGAAGGAUAGUAGUGACAUAUAUUCUGCCCACAACCUGCUACACUUGAAAUCAGAGGGAAGCUUUUGAUUCUCCUCCUCUUUAACUGAACUCUUUGAGAGCCGAGGACUUUUCUGGGAGCAAGUGGUGAGCGCUUAAAGAAAUGUUGCUGUCAGUAGCUCACAGAGAAGGAAGGUUGGAACCUCUCCGCUCCCAUCUUACUUUACACAGAGCCCAGGAAGGUUUACAGCUCUGCAAGUAUUAGUGUGUGUGUGCAUGGAUGCGUGUGUGUGUAUGUGUUUACAGACACAUGUAGUUUGCAAUUCUUUUGCUGUGUUUAUUAGUUUUAUUUAUGUAAAUAACAUGAGUUUUUCUUACAUCACCGAGGGCAGGAGAGACGUGCAUUUCCCACGCUACAUCCAUAUCACUACAUUUUGGUUUGAAACUCAUCCCUGCUACAGAUCCACCUGACAUCCACACUGCUCCGGCAUUUGAGGGGAAACAAUGACAUAGACCGCUUGCUGAUUGGCUCUUUCCAGCCACGACGUAACUUUUGCUAAUUCGUCGGGCUCCCGUCACAUGACCUGACCCACUUCUAGAAGAAAAAAGCGGCAUUAGCCUUGAUUAUCAGUGUAGAACCACAACAUGGCUAAUGAAUUACAUAUUAACUGUUGUGUUUGCUAACAGCUGUUGUGAAGUUACAGUCUUCAUUUGACAACGUCCUAAAUUCCUGAUUACUCUGGCUGGUGCGUGCCCAGUGUGUGUGAGUGGUGACGUGAUGUGCGUUUGCAGGCAUGUUAGUAUGAACAGGGAUUCAAACUGCUUCUAGAGCCAAAAGGCUUUUUGUGGACAGAGAUCGUUUUAGCUUGAAACAACAUUUUCCUUCCUAAACGUUGUCGUAUGGAUGUAGCUCGUAUCUCUGCUUGGUUGGUUUUUAUUUUUCCUCGCAGAACAUUACAGUGUCAGGGGUUCUGUCUUUCUACCAAACCACUCCCACCCAUCAGUCUUCUGAGAGUGUUUUCCUUUUUUUAACAUUCAAAUUAAUUUGUUUUCCGUUCUGUAUUCAGAUGAUUCAAAUGACGUAACUUCCAAGAAGCGAAACAAGCUUUUGUGUGUAUAUAACCUCGUCUCGGUGGUUCUACUGCGGUGUGUAAUGGUGUGUCAUUGAUUUGUGAAGCUGUUUGGGGUUUGUGUCCUCGGACUGGGAUUGACCUCAGUUCUCAUGUGCUGCCUGUGCUUCAUAAAAAAAGAAAAUGCUCCUCCUCUUCUCCAUGGUGGUGUUUGUUCUCUGAUUGGGGCGGAGCUCUCUAGCUGUCUCUCACCAACCUCACCUGAUUCAUCACUGGUGGCAAGUUUAGUGUUGAGCACUGUCGCCUCACAGUGAGAAGGUUCUGCCCAUUCCGACCUCUCUGUGUGGGGUUUGCAUGUUGGUGUACGCUGCCUCCUGCUCAGUGUCGGAUGGGAAUGGCUCCUCCUGCGACCCUUAAGGGACAAAAUGAUCCUUUUAAGUUAAAGUAUGCAGUUUGUAUUUAAGUUACUCACUGGAGUCAUUAACAGCAAUAUUUAAAGAACUGGGCAAAACAAACAAACACUUAAAUCAAAUUAACCUAAAGGACUAGCUUGUGUUUACUCGUCUUAAUAAAGUUUACAAGUUCCCAAGCCUGUAAAGAAAAAAACAUCCGACUUGUUUGGUUUGAAGUGAAUCCUUGUAGAGCUCAGUCCCGACUGCAACCGCCAGUUUAAAGUUUCAUCACCAGAGCUGAGACGCUCUCUCCUCCGGGUCAGAGUCAAACCAGUCCGCCCACAGUCAUGCACAUGCUAACCAUAAACCCUUGUAAAUACAAGUGUACAAAAGAGACUUUGAUUUUGCAUUGUAUCAACAAAAAAAAAACAAAAAAAAAUGACAGUCGUCCUGUUCUUAAAGCCAUUUGAUAUUUAGAACAUUUUAACAGUUGGAAUCCAAUUUGAUUAAAAAAGGUAUUUGACAGUGAAUCAUGGUGAGAUCUCAGCCUGUCUAUGAUGGUGCGCCGUGUAUAUGCAGUGUGUCGGGCUGUAUGCAAUGUGAAGCCUGAGAUAGGAGAUGACCGUGUCCUGAAUGUCUUACUGAUGAAAGUAUUUCUGGUUUGAUUCAAGGUACGCUGUGUGUAGGCUUUUUGUUGCCAUGACUUCCAUCACAGUGUUUGAAGUAUGUUAAUUGACAGCAAGUGUGUAUUUUGCACUAUGUAAAUAUAGUACUGGUUUAAGGUCUUGUAACUAAUGUGAACAACAAAAAAAGACAACAAAAAAACGGUUCGAUGAAGUACUUUUUUCAGCGUGUUCCUCGUCUUUAUAUGGAUAUUUAAGGCCGUCUCCUUCAGACUGUACAUCACUAGCAUCAUUGUUAGAGGCUGUUUCCCAUAAUCCUGUUAUCGCUCUUAAUCUAUAUGAACAGGUGAUUAACAUCAUUAAAAUGUCUGUUUAAGUACA